GCAACUUCCAACAUCAUAGCCAACACUUGAUAUUACAUUACAACAGAAUUCUGUGUCUUUUCAGUGCCUAUACAACGCGAUAAAGAAUGGGGUUAACAAUAUUUUCGAAUUGUAUGAAACGGAGGAGGGUACUUUUGUUUCCACACUUUAAAAAAGGAUAAAUACUUCGCUAUUCUUUUCGCGUGGUCUUCGCUGAAGGGACAGAAAGCACCACAGGGCUCGCUGUCAGCUGUAGCUACACCCACCGCGAGUUCUAUAUAUGCUCUACAAAACUAGGUGAAAAUAUUCCACUGAAUAUAAUAAACAAGUGACAUGGCCAACUUGCCAUACUCUGUUGAAAAAUGGCGUCAACAUGUCGCAACGGACCCGUUGGAGGGUCACGAUCUGUCGUCCCUCAAUGACUCGGCAACAGCAGCUUCAAUGGAGCCAUCCUUUUGCACUGGGACAGGAUUAGAUAUCCUGAGCAACUACAUUUGUCCGGAUAUCGAGACAGCGGACCGGGAAGUCGUCUUCGUGACUUGCUUUUGGGCAACCGUGUCUGAAUCUCGAGUACGACUCUGCGAAGCCCUCCGAAUGCUGUCCAAAAAGAUCGUCAAGAAAAGAGCAGCAGCUUCGCCACAUACUACUACCGUUGAAAAUAUCAAAGUCUACAUUUGUCUCUCAUCAGUUUCCCUCCUACAGAAGUUACGACAUACCGAAUCCACAGCUGGAUAUGUUUACAACCCGACAGAAUGGAACGAGCAGCUCAAACUCCCAAUCCCGCAAGAGAUCCCCGGACUAGAUCUGACCGUCAAAUCCAUCUUCAUCCGGCCCUUUUCCGUCAUGCAUCCCAAAUUCGUCAUCGUCGACCGGAAAUUCGUCUGGCUGCCUAGCUGCAACGUCAGCUGGGAGUCAUGGUAUGAAGGCGCCUUUCGCCUGAAAGGCCGCAGCAUCGUUGAGAAAUUCCAUAAAUUCUGGACAGAGGUCUGGAACCCCGACGCGCAACAGCCACACGGAGCAGCUGUCGGAGGAAUAUCAACAUUCCCGGCCACGGCAGAUGUAACUCUCCCACCUCUCAAAGACCCACCAGCCAAAUCGGCCGGUCAACUCGUAAAAUCGUUCCCCAACACCCCCGCAAACAGAGAACUGCACACUCUUUUUCUCCCAUCAUCGCACCAUCAAAACCCGGCUUUCCGCCCGGGCAUUUUCCGCUUACCAAGAUCGGAGCCGCGCACGCCGCUGAACGCCUUUACCAAGUUCCUGUUUGCGAAUGCCGAGAGCGAGAUAUACAUCAUCACGCCCAAUCUUACCGCGAAGCCUGUGAUGCACGCGCUAGUGCAAGCGCUGGAACAGGGCGUCAAGGUCACCGUUGUAACGAACAUGAAUCUCAUGGUGAUGGAACAGCUAGCCACAUCAGGGACGACGACAGCCCGCUGCAUAAAUUCGCUGAUGAAUUCACAUAGACGCGUGCUGUGUGCGUGGGGAAAGAAGGAAACAGACGCGACGGAUGCGACGAAGCCGGGUAAAUUAACGGUUCGAGAAUGGAAUGUCGCGAAUUCCCGUCGGUGUAAUCUAGGGGGCGGAAGUGCGUUUGUCAAAUCACAUUUGAAGCUCACUGUUGUUGAUGAGAGGGUGGUUCUCUUGGGCAGUGGGAAUAUGGAUCGUGCCAGCUGGUAUACGAGCCAGGAGGUUGGCGUUGCUCUGUAUUCAGCUGAGGUCGCGAAGGAGAUUCUCCAUGAGGUACUGAUGAGGGAUGUGGAGAAACAUAGUAGAACUAUUUACGAGUCGUUCGAAGCUUGAGCUUGCUUCUUUUCGUUUUCUUGUCGCACCGUGGGAUCUAUCUAUUUUUACUAAUGGGAACAAACCCUGUAAUAUUUAGAAUAUAGAAUAAUAUAAUUAGAAUUAGAAUUAGGCGCUAAUGUUUAAUUUCUGGUGUACACAUCAUUCCAAAUGAGUGUGACAAUAUCGUCGCCAGCUUCGCUCAAUACUUCAAUUUGCGGAUUCUGCUCAGGAGCUACUCAACAAUACUACGGAAGCACCAAUAUCGAAUUUAUGAUGGAAAUCUGUUGAACGAGUUUAAAAAGAUGUUUCUUAGGGAUUUUACAGCAGUAGCAAUGAUAUAUACAGUACUCC